AGCCUCGGCCUCCGCCGCGGCUGCUGCUGGAGCCCCCAGAGCGACACCAGCAUCCCCUGGUGCUUCUUCUCCUCCAACCAUGGGUACAAAGUGGACGGCGGGCUGCGGACGACUCGGGGGGUGGAGAACGGGUUUGGGGCCAAACGCCUCGAUUUGUGCAAUUGGUUUUGGCGGGAAGCUUCGAUCACUGACCCCAAAACACCGCGAUUCGAAGUCCCCCAUGAGCACGUGGCACCUUUCAGCGGCCAGGGAGCCUCCGACUUAAAAUAUAAAGUUGACGUCCAGCAAAAUCCCUUCGGCAUCACGGUGACGCGAGCAAGCAAUGGAAAAGUUUUGUUCAACACCAGCAUCGGCCCGCUGGUCUAUGCCCAGCAGUUCCUGCAGCUCUCCAUCAAGCUCCCCAGCAGCAACAUCUACGGGGUGGGCGAGCACGUGCACAGGCGAUACCGGCACGACGUCAACUGGAAAACCUGGCCCAUGUUUAGCAGGGACACGGCUCCUUCCGGGAACAUGGAGAACUUGUACGGCGUCCAGACCUUCUUCCUGUGUUUGGAAGACAACACCGGAGCCUCUCUCGGUGUUUUCUUGAUGAACAGCAACGCCAUGGAGUUCGCCCUGCAGCCGGCGCCGGCUGUCACUUACAGAACCAUUGGGGGAAUUCUGGAUUUUUAUGUCUUCUUGGGGGACACCCCGGAGCAAGUGGUGCAGGAGUACCUGAAGCUCAUAGGGCGGCCGGCGCUGCCCUCCUACUGGGCCCUGGGCUUUCAGCUCAGCCGCUACGGUUACGGGUCCCUCAGCGAGGUGAAGGCCGUUGGGGAGCGGAACAGAGCAAUCGGACUCCCUUGCGACGUUCAGUACACAGACAUCGACUACAUGGAGGCGAGGAAGGAUUUUACGUACAACAAAGUGAACUUCACAGACCUCCCCGGCUUCCGAGCCUACCUGCAUGGCUACGGGCAGAAAUACGUCAUCAUCCUGGAUCCGGCCAUCAGCACAGAGGCUCGCGCUGACGGUUCCCCCUACCAAGCCUACGAGCGGGGGCAAAGCAAGAAAAUUUGGGUCAACGAGUCGGACGGAGUAACGCCGUUGGUUGGAAAGGUGUGGCCAGGAGCCACCGUCUUCCCAGACUUCACCAACCCCGACUGCACCAGCUGGUGGGUGGAGGAAUGCAGAACGUUUCACGACGAUGUGCCCUACGACGGGAUCUGGAUUGACAUGAAUGAAGUAGCCAACUUCGUCCAAGGCUCCAUCAACGGCUGCAAGCAGAAUGACUUGAACUAUCCUCCCUUCACGCCCCAUGUUGUCGAUAGGCUCUUGUAUUCCAAGACGCUCUGCAUGGAUGCGGUGCAGAAGUGGGGGCGGCAAUACGAUGUUCACAGCCUUUUUGGAUACUCGAUGACCCUCUCAACACAGCGAGCCAUUGAAACUUUGUUUCCUGGAAAGCGAAGCUUCCUCCUUUCGAGGUCUACUUUUGCGGGGUCGGGAAAGUACACGGGGCACUGGCUGGGAGAUAACACAGCAACGUGGGACCAUAUGAAGUGGGCGAUACCUGGGAUGCUGGAAUUCGGCCUCUUUGGAAUCCCCUAUAUUGGAGCAGACAUUUGCGGUUUUUUUGAAGACACCACCGAGGAGCUUUGCAGGCGAUGGAUGCAAGUGGGGGCAUUUUACCCCUUCUCCAGGAACCACAAUACGGAAAAGUUUUAUGCUGAUGAAGCAACGUGGAGCAUGGAUCAGCAGUUCCUGUGGGGACCGGGGCUCCUCAUCACCCCCGUGCUUGACCCAGGUGUGGACGUCAUCCGAGCGUAUAUCCCUGACGCUGUCUGGUACGAUUAUGAUUCGGUAAGUAUCAUCAUGGGGCGGGGGUUGCUAAAUGUCCACGCGAGGAGGUCACAGAGCUGGAGCCGUAAGAAUCCCAUGGGACUCAUCAUUGCCCUGGAUGACAACAACGAAGCGGUUGGGGAGUUAUUCUGGGAUGAUGGAGAAUCAACAGGUACCAUUAGCAGCAAAUCCUACAUUUCCUAUGAGUUUAAAGUUUCCAGUAACGUCAUAGAAAUGAACGUCACGAACAACAACUACACCGACCCGGACAACCUGAGGUUUGAAGAAAUCAAAAUAUUGGGAUUGCUCCAGGAACCGGUGUCGGUUACCGUGUUACAGAACGGCAACGUGCAAAAUUCUUCUCAUAAUAUCACCUAUAAUCCAGUGCAUAAGGUUGCUCUCGUACGAGGACUCCAGCUCACGCUCGGGAAAUCGUACUCCGUGCGGUGGACACCGGGAACCAGCACCAAUGAAAAAUUCGAUUGUCAUCCCAGCCCUAACGCUUCCAAGGAAAAAUGCAAACAGCUCGGCUGUGUCUGGGCUGAAGACGCCUCCCAGCCGGGCGUUCCCUUCUGCCAUUACGACGGCCCUUACAACGCUUAUUCCGCUACUGACGUCAAAUACACCGCGUCGGGCGCGACGGCCGACCUCACCUUCCGUCCGCGCCAGCGCCAGGCCUACGAGCGGCCCGCGCCGCCCAUCCCAUCCCUUCGCCUGGAGGUGAAAUAUCACAGCGACCGCUUGCUGCAGUACAAGAUUUAUGAUUCCGCAAAGAAACGCUACGAGGUGCCGGUGCCGCUAAAUCUCCCUGCGUCCCCCGAGAGCACGGUCGAGGGUCGGCUUUACGAUGUGACGAUUCAGAAUGAGCCCUUCGGCAUCCAGAUUCGACGCAGGCACACGGGGACGGUGAUCUGGGAUUCUCAGCUCCCGACCUUCACCUUCAGUGACAAGUUCAUUCAGAUUUCCACCCGUUUGGCUUCCCAAUAUUUGUACGGGUUCGGUGAAACCGAACACACCGCGUUCCGACGCGACAUGAACUGGCACACCUGGCGGAUGAAAAGACUUUAUUUCUCCUUGCAGUACAAGUUGAAUUCGUACGGUGUCCACCCGUUCUACAUGGGGCUUGAAGACGACGGCAACGCCCACGGAGUUCUCCUGCUCAACAGCAACGCAAUGGACGUGACCUUCCAGCCCACGCCGGCUCUGACAUAUCGCACAACCGGGGGCAUCCUGGACUUCUACAUGGUUCUGGGGCCAACACCGGAGCUUGUCGUUCAGGAAUACACGGCGCUGGUCGGGCGACCAGUCAUGCCACCCUACUGGGCACUCGGAUUCCAGUUAUGCCGCUACGGAUAUGAAAAUGACACCGAAAUUGCCCAGCUGGUGGAAGACAUGAAAGCGGCCAGGAUACCCUAUGAUGUCCAGUACGCAGAUAUUGAUUAUAUGGAACGGCAACUGGACUUCACCCUUAACCCGCGCUUCGCUGGAUUGCCCUCCCUGAUUACUAAGAUACGAGGAGAAGGAAUGAGGUUUAUACUAAUCCUGGAUCCAGCCAUAUCUGGUAACGAGACCAAUUACCCUGCCUUCACCAGAGGUUUGGAGAAGGAUGUCUUCAUAAAAUGGCCCAAUACCGAGGAUAUCAUCUAUGCAAAGGUCUGGCCAGAUCUUCCCAACGUAGAGGUUAACGACACACUGGAUUGGGAAACCCAAGUGGAGCUCUACCGUGCGUACGUAGCUUUUCCGGAUUUCUUCCGCAAUUCCACGAGGGAAUGGUGGGCAAGAGAAAUUGCGGAAGUCUACACCAAUCCCCACAAUGCGUCGAAAAGCUUGAAAUUUGACGGACUCUGGAUUCCUGAUGGCUCCUUUGAAUAUUUGGGAUCUAGAGCCGAGGGGUUGAUUUUCAAAACUCUCUGCAUGGAAGCUCAGCAGUAUCUCCCAGACGGUUCCCCCAUCAGUCACUAUGAUGUCCACAACCUUUACGGGUGGUCGCAAACAAAACCAACCCUCGAUGCCUUGCGGAACAUCACGAAGGAGCGAGGAAUUGUUGUCACCCGUUCAACCUACCCCAGCAGUGGGAAGUGGUCAGGACAUUGGCUGGGGGACAACACGGCGGCCUGGAAUCAGCUUGAUAAAUCCAUCAUCGGCAUGAUGGAGUUCAGUCUCUUUGGAAUAUCCUAUACCGGAGCAGAUAUCUGUGGCUUCUUCGGAGACUCGGAGUAUGAGCUGUGUGCUCGAUGGAUGGAGUUGGGUGCCUUUUACCCGUAUUCAAGGAACCACAAUGGAAAAGGAGCCAAGAGGCAAGACCCCGUUGCCUGGAAUUCAACGUUUGAAGACCUUUCCAGGAAAGUGCUAAAUACCAGAUACACCCUCUUACCCUAUCUCUACACGUUAAUGUAUGAAGCCCACGCUCACGGCAGCACCGUCGUCCGCCCUCUGCUCCACGAGUAAGUUAAAUCUAAGAAGCGACCUGAGACUAACUUUAGUUUUUGGCUUUAAGAGGCCUGACCCAAUCCCGUCUCGUUGCAGGGCGCUGUGGCGGUGAGCGCGUACCUGCCCAACGCCCGCUGGUACGACUACUACACAGGUGAGCAUAUCAGCGCCAGAGGAGAAUUCAGAAAUUUAACAUCUCCCUUGGAUCAUAUCAACCUCCAUAUCCGAGGAGGUUACGUCCUCCCCCAGCAGAGCCCUGCCAACACGACAUUUUACAGCCGAAAAAACCCAUUGGCCCUUACCGUCGCGUUGAACGACACCCAGCUUGCAGAAGGUCGCCUUUAUUGGGAUGAUGGGGUGCGCAUUGACGCAUAUGAAGAUGGCGCCUAUCUGCUGACCUCAUUCACUGCUAAUCAGAGCAUUUUGGAGAUAAAGGUUCUGCACCGCGGCUAUGCUGAUCCAAAUAAUUUGAAGAUUACGCAAGUUAAAAUUUUGGGGGUGACCUCAAGCCCGCGGGAGGUGACUGUAUCACAGAACGGUGAAGCCAUCCAAUCUCCUCACGUUGCCUCCUAUGACAGCCAAAAACAGGUCCUGGACAUCACCCAGCUUGAACUUGAAUUAGGUGAGGACUACACGUUACAGUGGAGCUGA